CGCUGUCGCGGCUGCCUGGGUCGAGUCUCCCGCGAGGCUGGAGGCCGUUAGCCCGGGCUGGGCGGCGGUCAGGCUCUGGUCAGGCGGCCGGGCGGCCAGGCGGGAUGCCUCGCUACGCGCAGCUGGUCAUGGGCCCCGCCGGCAGCGGGAAGGUGAGGGUUCGGCAGGAGACGGGAGAGUGCAGGUUGCGCUCCACCUACUGUGCCACCAUGGUCCAGCACUGUGAAGCCCUCGGCCGUUCUGUCCAGGUGGUGAACUUAGAUCCCGCGGCGGAGCAUUUCAACUAUGAUGUGAUGGCUGACAUCCGCGAACUGAUCGAGGUGGAUGAUGUGAUGGAGGACAGUUCCCUGCGCUUCGGUCCCAAUGGAGGACUGGUGUUUUGCAUGGAGUACUUCGCCAAUAAUUUUGACUGGCUGGAGAACUGCCUUGGCCAUGUCGAGGAUGACUACAUCCUUUUUGACUGUCCAGGUCAGAUCGAGUUGUACACACACCUGCCCGUGAUGAAACAGCUGGUUCAGCAGCUGGAACAGUGGGAGUUCCGAGUCUGUGGAGUGUUUCUUGUUGAUUCUCAAUUCAUGGUGGAGUCGUUCAAGUUUAUUUCUGGCAUCUUGGCAGCCUUGAGUGCUAUGGUAUCUCUAGAAAUCCCGCAAGUUAACAUCAUGACAAAAAUGGACCUGCUGAGUAAAAGAGCUAAAAAGGAAAUUGAGAAGUUUCUAGAUCCAGACAUGUAUUCUUUAUUAGAUGAUUCUACAAGCAACUUCAGAAGCAAAAAAUUCAAAAAAUUGACUAACGCCAUAUGUGGGCUGAUUGAUGACUACAGUAUGGUCCGAUUUUUGCCUUAUGAUCAGUCAGAUGAAGAAAGCAUGAACAUUGUAUUACAGCAUAUUGAUUUUGCCAUUCAGUACGGAGAAGACUUGGAAUUCAAGGAACCCAAGGAACAUGAAGAUGAAUCGUCUUCUAUGUUGGAUGAAUAUUUUCAAGAAUGCCAGAACAAAUGAAGAGUAUGUUAUGAUGCAACUGGAUGUGGGGCUGGAGUGAUAGCACAGUGGGUAGGGCAUUUACCUUGCACGCGGCAGACCUGGGUUCGAUUCCCAGCAUCCCAUAUGGUCCACCAAGCACCGCCAGGAGUAAUUCCUGAGUGAGGAGCCAGGAGUAACACCUGUGCUCUCCGGGUGUGACCCAAAAACCAAAAAAAGAAAAAAAAAUGCAACUGGAUGCUUGUGAAGAGUAGCAAUCACAAUUUAUUUAAAU